AUGGAGGAGUUCGACGGCGAGCCGACGGUCACUUGGAUUCCAGGAGUGAAUUCCCAGAAGAAGCAAAUGUGUUUUGACUGGGGUCCAGGGGAGAUGUUGGUGUGUGAAACCUCUUUCAAUAAAAAAGAAAAACCAGAGAUGGUGGCAAGUUGCCCCUUUAUCCAUAUCAUCCGAAAGGAUAUAGAUGUUUACUCUAAAAUCCUGAGAAAACUCUUCAAUGAAUCCCAUGGAAUCUUCGUGGGCCUCCAGAGAAUCGAAGAAGAGUUGACUGGGAAAUCCAGAAAAGCUCAAUUGGUUCGAGUGAGUAAAAACUACCGAUCAGUCAUAAGAGCGUGCAUGGAGGAAAUGCACCAAUUUGCAGUUGCUGAUAAAGAUUCAGCCAGUGGCCGCCAGUUCAGCAGCCAGGUCUCCAUUCUGUCCGCAAUGGAGCUCAUUUGGAACCUUUGUGAGAUUCUUUUUAUCGAAGUAGCCCCAGCCGGCCCGCUCCUCCUCUACCUCCUUGACUGGGUCCGGCUGCACGUGUGCGAGGUGGACAAUUUGUCGGCAGAUGUUCUGGGCAGCGAGAACCCAAGCAAACACGAGAGCUUCUGGAACUUGGUGACCACCUUGGUGCUGCAGGGCCGGCUGGACGAGGCCCGCCAGAUGCUCUCCAAGGAAGCCGACGCCAACCCCGCCUCUGCAGGCAUGUGCCGAGUCCUGGGGGACCUGAUGAGGACCAUGCCCGUUCUCAGUCCUGGGAACACGCAGACCCUGACGGAGCUGGAGCUGAGGUGGCAGCACUGGCACGAGGAGUGCGAGCGGCACCUCCAGGACGGCACGUUCGCCUCCAGCCCCCGCCUCGAGUCCCUCUGCAAGGUCCUGCUGGGAGACGAUGCUGCCCUGCUGGAGCAAAAGGAGCUUCUGAGUAACUGGUAUCACUUCCUGGUGACCCGGCUGUUGUACUCUCAGCCCACAGUCAAGCCCAUGGAUCUGCACCUCUAUGCCCAGUCUAGCCUUGACCUGUUUCUGGGAGGUGAGAGCAGCCCAGAGCCCCUGGAUAACAUCUUGAUGGCAGCCUUCGAGUUUGACAUCCACCAAGUGAUCAAGGAGUGCAGCAUCGCCCUGAGCAACUGGUGGUUCGUGGCCCACCUGACAGACCUGCUGGACCACUGCCAGCUCCUGCAGUCGCACAACCUCUACUUUGGAUCCAACAUGAGAGAGUUCCUCCUGCUAGAAUACGCCUCAGGACUCUUUGCUCAUCACAGCCUGUGGCAGCUGGGUGUGGACUACUGUGACCACUGCCCUGAGCUGGGCCGGGUCUCUCUCGAGCUGCAUAUUGAGCGGAUCCCUUUGACCACGGAGCAGAAAGCCCUCAAGGUACUGCGGGUCUGCGAGCAGCGGCAGAUGACGGAGCAAGUUCGCAGCAUCUGUAAGAUCUUGGCCAUGAAAGCGGUCCGCAACAAUCGCCUAGGCUCUGCUCUUUCUUGGAGCAUUCGCGCCAAAGAUGCCGCCUUUGCCACGCUGGUAUCAGACAGGUUCCUCAGGGAUUACUGUGAGCGAGGCUGCUUCUCUGACCUGGAUCUCAUUGACAACCUGGGGCCAGCCAUGAUGCUCAGUGAUCGACUGACAUUCCUGGGAAAGUACCGUGAGUUCCACCGCUUAUACGGGGAGAAGCGUUUUGUCGAUGCCGCUUCUCUCCUCCUCUCUUUGAUGACAUCCCAGAUUGCCCCCCGGUCUUUCUGGAUGACGCUGCUGACAGAUGCCCUGCCCCUUUUGGAACAGAAACAGGUGAUCUUCUCCGCGGAGCAGACAUACGAGCUCCUGAGGUGUCUGGAGGACCUGACCUCAGGAAAGCCACUGUGUGGAGAGCCCGACGCCCAGCAGCUCCAGGAUGAUGAUAUAGAGACCACCAAGGUGGAAAUGCUGAGACUUGCUCUCGCACGGAAUCUUGCUCGGUCGAUUAUAAAAGAAGGCUCAUUGGAAGGUUCCUGA